UACAAUUACCCAAGUAAGAAGCGAGUACGUAGACAAGAAUAAGGUGUUGAGUAGGUAAACGUAAAGGUACUAUCUAUAAGUAGCUAUUCAAUCAUAGCGAUUUCUACUCUGACCACCAUGCUGUUUCAUCGGCGUCGUGUGUUUUCCAUCUGCCUGUGGUCCUUGUUUACAGAACAUGUCUCUUUGGUCCGCGCAGUCAAUUUCCCAGGACCUGGAGGGUUCUUGAGCCUCGCAGAGGGAACGGGACCUGCAGUGCUCUUCAGACAGGAGAACGCGCAAUUCGACAGGCUUGUCUCGCAGGUACUAGGAUAUCAGAAAAGCUACUCCUGCCAGAAAUGCACCAGAAGUACCAGCCAGCCAUGCGACGCGCAGCACUUCCGUACCACGGGCACAUUUGCGCUCGCUUGGGAGGUGUUUGAAAAGUACUUGGGCACGCGGACAAGAACGAUAGGGGCCACGACAGAGGACUACCUUGGAAAAAAGUCGACACCGCUGGUGCAACCGCAAAGUAUAUUGAGUAGGGAAACUACAAGAUUUUCCUUUUCCACGCCAGGAGGCGGCUACGACACAAGGAGCUCAAGCAUUUCCUCCGGUUCCUCCGACGUCGACGACCAACAUCGCACUGGAACUGAUGGUAUCCACUUUGUUCCUGAAGUUUAUCUUGCUCAUCCUGAUACAACUGCGGAGAUGAAAGUCCCUGUCCUUGUUCGUGGUCCUGGGGAGACUACCAUUGGAUCUUCCAUUGACAACGCCAAGAUGCGUAAGAUUUUUCGUAUUUUGGACAAAUUUGAACCUCGACUUGAAGAUCGUGACUCCAAUCCGAAACUGAAUGUGCUCGAAUGCUUCGCCAUUCUUUCAGCUCCUCAGGCGUCUACUCCUGAUGGAACGUCUAAUGGAAGAGAGGAAGACAAGAUGCAGCAGCAGCAGCUCUCUUCCUCCGAGACCUCUUCUAACGGAACAAGAAAGGAAGACAAGCCCAAGCGUCCACCGAGUUUUUGCGGACUGCGAAACGAACACUCAAAAGGACGGGAGCGGGGCCCAGGAUGUGACUUCCGCUCACGGCUCAAGGGGCUUGUGCACCAGGUGCAAAACCAGAACAGAAAAACGCAAUCUAAGCGGGGUUUCGACAAGCUGGGUGGCAGUUUGGCAGCGGUGAGACCUUGGCUGCUCCAUGACCCAGCAAGUUCUCCGCCUUUCUACGCUUUUGGGAAAUUCAUUGAUCUCGUCGUGCCAGAGUUCGCGUCGCCGGUCAUGCUUGACUUCGGCAAAGUCUGGGAAAUAGCUGACUUCUUAGCUAGACAAGCUCUUGACUACAAGCUGCGCAACGAGAAGGAGUCUCCUUAAGGCUAAAAAAAUGUUGCUGCUAACUAAUGUUGUAACUGUUUCAGUUAUAGAAUAUAUAGUCCUACAGCAUCAACCGGUAUUGGGUAGCCUGAAUUUGAUCACAAGGGUUCUCUUCUUGUUUUCCCUUAUGAUCGAACUCAGGUUACCAAAUACCGGAAGCAUACGCUUUUUGGGUACUCUGACUGAGAUACAUGGUUUCGGACGAUGUUUUCCUUUCCGGCUCUCCUGAAGUAAGAUGGCAGAAGAUCAACCUCAAGAAAUGUUAAUAGAAGUUGAUCUCUUAGAGAGAGAUCUUCAUCGUAGCCUUACUCUUAGAAGAGUAAAAAAAUGUAAUGAAAAUUAGAGGUGGACACUAGUAGCAGCUAUGAGUAGGUAAUUAUUGCUCACUCUAACAGUUAGGAUCUAACUUCAACUAAGUACUUUAAAGCGAAUGAAAACUAUUACAAAAACUUAAAACGCUCCGUCUCGUGCGUUGUAGUACUCCACGAAGAAAGAAUGCAGGUAACGGUCAGCACAUAAAAGAAGCGCUUGCUCUUCUAAUUUGCAUAUAAUGAAACGCGAGUUGAAGUAAUGCAUGAUGCUGUUGAGGCUUUACGCUGGUUCGCAGAAAAUCAAGAGGAGCUCGUUAAAGCGAAAAGAUUGCAUUAUGGGCAGCGCGAUAUGGAUCAAGCUACGGCUGAUUUCAGAAAAGAGUUUUUGGAGUGCUACGGAUCGGACUGGUACGGGCCGGACUGGUACGGGCCGGACUGGUACGGGUCGGACUGGUACGGGCCGGACUGGUACGGGACGGACUGGUACGGGUCGUACUGGUACGGGCCGGACUGGUGCGGAUCGUUACAUGGACACUCUUUUUUCUCACUCCAGGAUAUUAUCGACGUAGAGCAGGUUGUGGAGGAAGCAGGAGAUGAGAGCCCUGUUGCGCCUGAUGUCCUCGGGGCCACUUUGGACGAAGUCCCCAAGGAACAAAUAACUCCAACGCGUCCCGCGAGUAACAGUAUUGCAGUUCUUAAGAGUGGCGGUCGUCGUCCUCCUCUUCGUGGUGUUCCGUGGGCCGAUUUACACGACUAGGAGUAGGAACUGAUAGUAAGUAUGUAGUUACUAACUACACACUUCUCGUAUGUAGUUUCUAACUACAUACUUCUCUACUAGUUAGCUCAUCUCGUAAUACAACUAGAAGUAGAGUUGUUGAAGGUCAUCAUGGAGAAACUUCUUGCGUUGGGAAAUUAACAACUACUGAGUUUGCGUUUUACAAUCGUACAGCGAGUAUGAGUAAUGUGCUGGCUGUCUCGUCAACAUUUGUUACUAGCAGCUUGGUCAGAAACAACAUGACGAACUGAGUUACAUUCAUGUUCUUACUUUUUCUUGAUCGGUCCGGAUAGAAAUAAACGAGCAGAGAGAUGAGAACCCCUUGCAGUAUUACAGGAAUAAUGUAGUUCCAACUGGUGGAAAAGUUACUUUUUCAGUAACCAUAAACCUAGUUUUCUUGUUUCCGACCUUCGAAGGCAACUUAGUAAUUGCAGUCGUUUUCUUGAUGAAGGGGAACAAACGUGCUGGCGGUGAAAAAACGGAAGCAGCCGAUGCACAUGUAAGUAAGUUGUCUAAGUAGAUGCAUGGUAUGUGUAUUUGAGUCUAAUUUCUACGGUCGUCACGAAUAAAGACAGUAACGGGAAGAACUCACACAUGAAAUAGGGCACUUUCAUCUGCAGACGAGAUUUGAUUGUUAGCGUGAGGAGCACACUGUCAUCUGACUGUAGACGAGAUUUCCAGCCUAAAGAGCACGC